AUUUUCAUGAACUAAUAUUCGCAUUAGUAAUGAUAUUAAUCAUUAUUUAAACAUCUAUUAUUAUAUAUAAUUAUAAUAAAAUGAGUAAUUACGCGUAAACAGUCGAUGUUUGUAAUUUUGAUUAUCGAACAUUAUAAUUGUAAUCCGAAAGCGUACUGUUGGCCGACAUAGCAUUUUUGUUUCUUUCUGGUAAUGUUUGGAAAAAGUGAUUUGUAUACUGCGCGUCUACGAAUAAUAAUCAACUAUGCUACUGCUGGUUUUCUAUUCGCAGUAUAGUUAUUACUAUUGACAAUGCACCGCUGAUUUGAGUUCUAAGUGUUUUUAUUAAUACGUACAUUGAUUUAUGGUAUCUCAAAUGCAACGAGCGUUCGCUCAAAAACUUACCAACAGCAAUGUCACUUCAACGUCAAAAAGUUCUGAUGAUUCAGCAUCUAAUAACAGUAGUAAUACUGUUACGGCCCACAGUGAACCGAACAAUUUUGUCAGAAUAAACAAUAUCGCACCUACUAUUGUGGAGCCUGUGGACUAUGAAAAUUACCUGCAGCAUCAUAUUUGUAGUGACACUAAAAGUAUCGAAAACGAUGACCCUCUAUUGGAAUUUCCUGACGGCUCAGACGAUGUGGACGUUUAUGUUUUGCCUCGUAAAGUGCGCACACUUAUACCCACUGGCCCGGAAGAAGACAUCUCUAAACUAGCACCUCAUGUACAUGAUUUCGUUCGAGCCUACAACCGAGAUUGGCUUGUUGUUGAUUAUGUUUAUAGACAAAUAAAUACUGUUGAAGAUGAUAGGUCUAGUUUAUUAGCCUAUGAAGAUUCUUGGAUACCUUCUUCUCGAAGCAGUUCUCACAGUAGGACUUCUACAAAUUCUGCAUUGCAACGUACUCAACCACGCUUACUUUAUAAAAAUGAUCACCACAAUCAUCCAUAUAAAGAUUCAAUAAAACAUGGAGGUAAAAAUUCAAAUAGCCCAAGCAAUAAUUCAAGUACUGAAAAUUCAUUGACAUCAAACAAUAUCAGUAGUUCAUCAUCAGCUACUGAUUUGAUUAACACAGCUAAUGAUCCAUUAAUUGGAACUGUAUUUCAAAGAUUACCUAUUGAUACACUUGAUAGAUUAAAUGCUGUGGCAAGACAAGAAAAUAGACAAAAUCGUUUAUUUGGAACCUAUUUACCUGUUGUUAAAACAAGGCAAAAAUAUAACAGUCAUAUUGAACACCCAAAUAAACCACCUGUACCACGCGAGAUUGUUUCUAGUCGUCGGAUUCUAGUAAAAUGUCUACAACUAGAAUGUUCUAUAGACACAGAUACUGAACCUAUAUAUGCACAUAUAUCAUUGUAUGAUGUUCGACGCCGUAAAAAAAUGUCUGAAAAUUUUUAUUUUGACUUUAAUUCAUGUACCUCAGCUGGAAAUGAAAUUGAUACAACUACACGUAGUCGUACUUGUGUAAUUGAUAUAGAUGGCACAGGAUCCUCUACAGGAGAUGAUUUAUUUCUUGUCAUUAGACUAGAGAAACCAUUACGUGGUGAUUCAGAUUCUGUUAUAUCUUCUACAGAUACAUCAACAUUUUCUUCAAAUAAUACUGAUGUAAAAUCGAGUGGUAAAUCUACUCAAUACCAACAUGUUAAGUAUCGCAUGCCUUAUGCUUGGACUGCUGUGCAUAUGGCAGAUGUUUUUUGCUGUCCUGGUGGUUCUGAUAGCCUUGAUCGUAAUAGUACUGGGAGUGGAUCAAAUAGCUUAGAUGGAAGAUUUGGACUCAGUGAGUUUGAUCGUUUUCGUAAAAAAUGGGCUGCAGCUGGAGGAAGUAGUGCAGAUUCUAAUACAACUGUACGCCGAGGAUCUCUAGAUCGUAGGACUAACUAUUCAACAACUGCUAGUACCAGUGGUUAUAGUAGUGCAGCUACUAAUGAUAAUAGAUACAGUUGGUCAUCUGAUGAAUUUAAUACUGAAGCAUUUCGUCCAGUUACUUUAACUGUUAAUGGAUUUUUUAAACAAGAAACUGAUAAACUUAAAGAUGAUGAUUUGUAUAAAUUAUUACCAGAACUAAAAAAACCAUCAAGUUGCCCAUCAAAAAAGUUAAAAAAUCUUAAUGGUUUAUUGAAAUUAGAUAUAUCACCUUGCCCAACAGAUGAUGUUAAACAAUGUUUAACCCCAGACUUAAUACCACUAUUGUCUUAUGAUAUAGCCUCUGAAGAUAAAAUUCGACCUAUUAGGGAAAUAUUGGAGUUUCCAUUAGCAAGCUGUCGUGUUUCAAGUCCCCAUUAUAUUUACCGUAAUCUGUUAUAUGUUUAUCCUAAAGAGUUAAACUUUGCAGGAAGAACAGGUUCUGCAAGAAAUAUAGCGGUUAAAAUUCAACUCAUGUGUGGCGAACGACAACCUCAAGAUGCUGCAUUUGCUAUAUUUGGAAAAUCUUCAAGUCCUCGUUUUGUUUGUGAAGCUUACACUACAGUUAGUUAUCAUCAACGUUGUCCUUCAUUUUAUGAUGAAAUAAAAAUCAAGCUACCUGCCGACCUGGAUGACCGGCAUCAUUUAUUAUUUACAUUUUAUCAUGUGAGUUGCCGUCGUCGUGGAACUCUUGUUGGUGGUCAAGAAAAUCAUCAACAUCGACCACAAGUUGCACCUGAAACACCUAUUGGAUAUACAUGGUUACCUCUAUUGAAAGACAGAUGUUUAAGUUCUGGGGAGUUAUGUUUACCUGUUGCAUUGGAACCACCACCACCUGCAAAUUAUUCUUAUAUAACACCUGAUGUACCACUACCAGGUAUUGAAUGGGUAGAAAACCAUAAGGGUCUGUUUACAGUACUUUUGGAACCAGUAUCAUCUAUUCAUCCUAGGGAUAUUCAUUUAAACAAUUUUUUUAACUACUGUUCUGUGUUGCAACAUAAUCCAUUGCCACGCCGAGUUGCUGAAUCCAAUAUUGAAGCAGAACUAAAACAUAGGAUUUCAAACUUGGCGCGAUGUCAAAUUGACCCACUAAUAGAGUUUGUACCAGUAGUAUUCGACAAAUUGCUUUCUCUCUUAGUGGAAUCACCUGUUACUCAACAUCAACAAUCCAUGAAUUUAGGGCUAACAAUAUUUCGUACCCUGACUGACUUAGUUUCAAUGACAAUGAGCCAUUCUCAAGGACAACAAAUAUUAUCAUCUUAUGUGCGUUAUCAAUGCUGUUGUUGUAAUGUAGCUGCAGCAGCGGCGGCAAAUGCUAAAACUAAUACUAAUGAGAAUGAAAAUGAUUACUCUAGUGGGCAAGAGUAUUCAGAAAGGCUUGAUAAAUAUUUUCGGUUGAGAAGUAAUAGUGAUCCUGAUUCAACUAAAAAACCAUGUUCUUCACCUCUUUUGGAUGGUAACACAUUUGCUGCAUUUAAAAACAGUGGAUUGGACAGAGCAUGCAGUAUGAAAACUGGUCGUUGUCAAGGUGUCCUUCCACCAACGCAAUUUGAAGAGCAACAAAGUCAGUUAUUUUGUUCUGAUCAAAAAAGGUUGACUAAUAUCAAAAGUGUUCAUGAAGAAUUAGCGUUUCAGUGGGUAGUAUCAACUAGUACAGUACGCAGGGAUGCAGCUGCUAACAAUUCAAGAUUUUUCUUUGACGUUAUAGUAAAAAGUAUGGCCGUUUCAUUAGCAAUGGUGCCUGGAGGGUUAGAUAGUGAUCGUAAAAAUCGGUUUAGUGAUCAAUUUUUUGAUGACAUUUCCACAUUAUGCACAAGUUUUGCUCUAGAUAUUGUAUCUAAUUAUGAAAAAUGCUCCAAACAGGUGAACAUAAUAAAUUGUAAUUUAGCGUGGUUCAUACAUGAUUUGUUGUCUUUAGCAGACAGAGGAUUUGUAUUUGGCUUAAUAAAUACAUAUGUAAAAACAAUAUUUUCAAAACAGCAAAGUCUUCUUAUCCAGCUACCACACCACGAAAAUUAUUCCGCUUUAUCUAGUUUAAAAUUGGACUUCUUGAAAAUUGUCUGCAGUCAUGAACAUUAUGUUCCAUUGAAUCUUAUUAGUCAUAAUAUUCAUAAUAUUUCACCAACUUACUCUGUGGCUUCUACUAUUUCAAACCAAUCAUUAUCAAUGGCUAGUGGUACAAUGAUGACAGUUACCGAAUCCACAGUAAAAGAAUAUGCUGAGUUAUCAUUAGCAUUCCGUCGUCACCAUUAUUUAGUUGGCUUAGUAUUAUCUGAGUUCAUCACAGUAUUACAGUGUACUAAAAGCGAUUUGAAAGUUAAAGAAAAAGUGGUCGACUUGUUAUUAGGAUUAAUGUCAUCUCAUGAUACUCGUUAUCAACAAGAGAAAUGGUCGUCAAAACGUAAGACAUCAAGCCGGGUAACACUCAUGUAUUUGCCUCUAUUAACAGCUGUCACAACGGAUUCGUCGUUCCUUAAUUUACUGAAAUUGGAUUUUGAAAAUAAUGACAUGAUUAAAAUCAAACCUAACAAAGAAAAUGAAAACGACAUUGAUUCAUGUACUAAUGACGGUUUUAAAACUCCAGAAACUAAUUCUGAUGAUAACGUGAAUGCCAUCUCUGCAUCCUCAUUGAUGGGUGUUAAAAACACCACAGCAUCAUGGUAUAGACAAACAAAUAAAAAUAAUUGUCGUAAAUCUAAGUUGAAUGCAGUAACAUCUACUAAAGUAUUGGCUUGCAUACUAUGGAUAUUAAAGAAUCUAGAUAAUGAAGUAAUGCACGUGUGGCUAGCAGAGUCAUCUUUCCAAAGAGCUCAAAAUACAUUAUCGUUAUUAACUUUAUGUAUUAACCGUUUCUACAAUAAUUCAAAUAAUUAUAAAAAGGGUAAUCAUAAAUGCGUUAAUUGCAACAGUCAAUCUUUGUUUACGUCAAAUAUUAAUUCCUCUCAACCGGUUUUAAAUGAAACUUAUUGUACCGAUAAUAGCAAUAACAUGUCAACAACAGCUUCGUCAACUUCAUUAUCAUCCACAUCUACGACACAAUUAUCAACUACUGAUGAUGUUAAGUCGAGGCUCGAAGAAGUAAUAUUAGGUCAAGGAUCAGCAAGAUCAGAGUUAAUGCGACGUAAAGCCGGACUCGAUUCCGGAAAUGGAAAUGCGGGUACUACUAGCAAGGUGCGAUGGAGAAAAGACCACGUUUUAACGUAUAAUAGACCUUCGUCGUUACAGUCAUGUGCUUGUAGUGCCGAUGGCCCACAACAACUUGAUAAGAUAUUUGGCAUCAAUCAAGAUCAGUCUGAUGUUGAAUUUGACUUAGUUAAUGAGAUUGGUUUCAUAGUACUCGAUACUAUAGAACAGAUUAUUCAGGUGGCAUCCUUACCUACAGGGUUAAAAAAUUCUAGUCCCAUUCAUUGGUCUAUACAUCGUGUUUUCAAACUACUUCUACGAGCUAUGUCUACUAUCACCGCUACUUCUACUACUAAUAAUGCUACCAACUCAACAACAAACACAGCUCUUCAAUGCAUGUUUGGUACUCAGAGAUCGAUGGUUGCCAAGUUUCCGGAAUUAUUAUUCGGUGAAGGUCAAGAUGAAAGAGAUUUAGAUGUCGAUAAUGAAGAAGAUGACAUAGGAAUGGAAAACUACCAUUUUUCUACUAGUAGUUCUUCUACUAAUCGUUGUGCUAAUUUGAUUUUGAUGUUAUUACGGCAUUGUGCUAUAAAUUCAAGUACGAUUGGAGUCCGAGCGCAAGCCGCUGCUUCAUUAUAUUCGUUGAUGCGUCAAAAUUUUGAUAUUGAAAACAAUUUUGCUCGAGUAAAAAUGCAAAUAACUGUGGCAUUAAGCAUAUUAAUAGGAGGAGCUGGAGCGUCGCCGACAGCUACGGGUGAAAGUAGGAAAGAAGUAUUGUCUUUCAACGAAGAAUAUUUAAGACGAGUUUUGAAAACAAUACUUUUAUACGCCGAGCGUGACUCCGCUGAAUUACAAAAUACCACAUUUCCUGAUCAGGUUAAAGACUUAGUAUUAAACUUACACACAAUACUAUCCGACACAGUGCAAAUGAAAGAAUAUAGUCAAGAUCCAGACAUGCUAAUGGAUUUAAUGUAUCGUGUAGCAAAAGGUUAUCAACAAACUUCAUCACCAGACCUACGACUUGCGUGGUUGGAAAAUAUGGCUCGAAAACAUAGUCAGAGAAACAAUUUUACCGAAGCUGCAAUGUGCUUAGUUCAUGGAGCUUCGUUAGUCGCCGAAUAUCUUACUACAACAGAAAAUCUCGAUUUAGUCGGUUGUCGAGGCGCAACGUGUUUAGAAUGUAUAUCACCCAACGUGUUGGAAGAAUGUGCGGUAUCGGAUGACGUAAUGGUAGUUAGUCAAGCAGCUGAUCAAGUCUGCUUAGGAGAUGAAUUCACAGAAAUCGGUCUUGUAUCGUUGUUGGAUAGAUCGGCUGAGUUAUUUCAAAAGGCUGGUAUGUUUGAAGUAAUGAGUCAAGUGUAUAACAAAGUAGCAAUACCUUUGAUAGAAAAGACUAAUGAUUACAAGAAGCUAUCGGAUACGUAUUUGAAAUUACAUGAUGCAUACAGUAAAUUGGAACGGCUGCAAGGCCGCCGUGUGUUUGGCACGUAUUUCCGUGUAGGAUUUUAUGGCGCUAAGUUUUUUGGACCCGAUGGACUAGACGGCGAGGAAUUCGUUUACAAAGAACCGACUCUCACGAAACUUUCAGAAAUAUUUGGCCGUCUACAGAAUUUUUAUUCCAAUCGAUUUGGUGAAGACUGUGUGACUAUUAUCAAAGAUUCCAACACAGUAGACGUUGGCACAUUAGAUCCACGGAAAGCGUAUAUACAAAUUACCUACGUGGAACCGUAUUUUGAUGCUUAUGAAUGUCGUAUACGUACCACACAUUUUCAAAGGAAUUUCAACUUGAAGCGUUUUGUGUUCUUUACGCCAUUUACACCCGAUGGUCGAGCUCAUGGACAAUUAAAUCAGCAGUACAAGCGUAAGACUAUAUUGACCGUUGCGCAUAACUUUCCAUAUUUAAAAACUCGAAUCCGCGUACAAAGUCGUCAAACGGUCGUUAUGGGGCCUAUAGAAGUGGCAUUGGAAGACUUGCGUAAGAAAACCGACGAAUUGGCACGUAGUGUGCGUCAACAUCCUGCUGAUCCGAAAAUGUUACAAAUGGUUCUUCAGGGAUGCAUAGGCACUACUGUAAAUCGAGGACCAAUGGAAAUGGCGACAGUAUUUUUGACUCCUCCACGAUAUGACAAGAGUAGUGGUAAUAAAAGUCCAGAUGCCUUGGAUGAAUCUGUUGUACAGCCACCACCACCUCGUUUACAAAACAAAUUACGAUUGUGUUUUAAAGACUUUUCGAAAAAAUGUGCCGACGCUUUAGCGAAAAACAAAACCCUCAUCGGACCUGAUCAACGGGAUUAUCAACGCGAACUGGAGCGUAAUUAUCGAAAAUUUACUGAUCAAUUGGCUCCGCUGUUGGUAGCUGGUACAGCGUCCUCUCUAACUGGCAGCAUUGUGGGUAGUGACAUUGUCUAUAGUAACCUUUCGGUGAAUGCGCGUGGACCUUACCAUCAUAAUGGUGCAUGUAAUUUACCAUCUAUGAGCUAUGACGAUAAUAAUGAUAAUCAAGACGAAGAAGAUGAUACUACCAUAACUAAUAUAAGUAAUGGGGACAAUGAGGCUUUGAGUAAUUUAAAUGGUGACUCGAGUCUCACAUAAGAACAUCACUACAAUUUUUAUAUAGAAGCUAAUGAAUAAUAAUUAUAAUUCAUAAUGCACGACUUUAGGGUGCAGAAAACAAGUGUUCGUGUAUUUACAAAAUUAAUUAUAAUAGGUAUUUUUUAUUUUUAUUUCUACUUAUAUAAUUGGUAUGUAAGACUGUCCGUACACAGAUAGUUAUAUUUUAAAAAAAUGUCAUGAACCAAAGGAAUUUUUAUACUUAAUUUA